AUGUCUACUAUUACAAAUACAACAACAACAACAACAAAAAGUUAUAAAAUACCAGGUACAAAGUACACAUUAGAGAUUGGUAGAGCAGAAUUGGACCAUAUCUACAUUAAAAGGAAAUUUCAUGCUGUCAAUCAACUGCUACUCAGAAACUAUCAACCAAUAUAUAUUACAUUGGAAGCGUUAGAGCCACUCACCAAUAUAAUGAGAGCUGUCGUAUCCAAGAUGGUCAAUCGAUCAUUACAAUACAUGUCGUUGGAGGAGAAUGGUGAUGAAUCUGAAUCAGCUGGUAGUGGUGGUAUUCGUUGCAGACAUAUUACUGCAGCCAUCUUGGAAUACAUUACUGAUCAAGAAUAUAACAGCUACAUUAUUGAGAGUUGUUGUAAAUUUGUAGAUAAAUACAACAACCCUAAAGAAAAUAAAGAUGAAGAUGAAGAUGAAGAUGAAGAUGAAGAUGAAGAUGAAGAUGAAGAUGAAGAUGAAGAUAAACAGCCAACAACUUUGGAGGUAUAUGAUGCACCAUUUAUCGCAGAUCUGAUGUUAUCAUCAUUUGCUGCCGAUGACAGUGUAAAUCAUCUAUACAUGACAACUGUCGUAUUCCUCCAACAAUUUAUCGAGAUGAUACUUUAUCGAAUCGUAGUUGGUAUCUCUUCAAAGAAAGAGAAAUUAAUUAUUGACAGAUCAAUUUCCAAAGAUUUAAGAGUCACCUCUAAAGAUAUCAAACAACUCUUGGAAGAAGAUGAAUUAUUUACAAGUGAUUUUAAAGAGUUGGUAUAUAAUGUAUCUUUGGAAUCACCAACACCACCUGUCAAUUCAAGUAUAAUACAAUCAUUGAGUAAAGAACAAAAUGAAAUGUUGGAAAAGAUUAAAGAGACUGAUUUAGAGUACACAAAACAAUCAAAAGAACCAUUGACAACAAAGAAAAACAUUAAAAACAUGUUUAGUUAUUAUGCAAACUAUCAUGAUGAACGUGAUGGAUUUACAACUAUGCCAACUUUAGAAAAUCUAAAGGAUUUAGUACGUGAUAUUCCAAUCGAUAUUGUUCAAGUUAUGGCCAAUCAAUUAAAUUUAGAUAUUCAAGAAUCUUUACAAAAUAGAUCAACUAUUGGAAAGAAAUUUACCAAUACAAUUAAAGAAUUAAAAUCCAAACAAAUAAUAGCAAGAUUACAUUUUGAUGAUGGUGAUUAUUAUGGAGAAAAAUAUACAGCCAAACAAAGACAAGGUAUUUAUGUUUGGUUGGAUCAACUAAACGAUAUAAGUUGUGAUGAUGAUGACCAUCCAGAAGAUGAUGUUUGGUAUAAAACUCCAAUGCAAGCAUUUAAAGCGAUUGGAAAGAUGAAAGAUUUAAAUAAAAUCAUUGAUAAUAUAUCCGAUUAUUUUUAUUAA